AUGGCCGCGAAACAGAGUUCAAUGGAACAAGACGGGCAAGCAGCACCCGACGAUAUUCCCUUGGCGUCUCUCGAGGAAAGCCUUUUGAGCCUAGAAAAGCUUGAUCGAGCAUCACCAGAGCUAUGGCCUGAGCAAAUGCCUGGAGUGUCAGAAUUCGCACCAGCUCAGAACCCCAACCAGUCACCUCCCGCUUGGAGUAGAGGGCUUACAAAAGAAGACGUGGUUGUCAUGCAACAACUGGCAGCUCUUUCAACUAGUGGCCUUAUAAUGGAAGUGAAAAAACUGCAUGACAUGGCAUACCAACUGGGAUUAGAAGAGGCUAAGGAAAUGACAAGAGGGAAAUAUCUGAAUAUAUUUGCAAGAAGAAAUCGAUAGACCACUAGUGUAAUAAUAGCAGUUAUUCAGGUUAGUCUUUAAGUAGUCUGUUACUUGUUAUCUUUUGGGUUCAGGUCUAUUGAUACAGACUUGUGACUCCAAAAGAAUGUCAAAACUACAAUCUGAAGUAUAAAAUAAAACAGACAUUGAUUUAAAACUUCCUGAUUUAACAUGUUCACUGCGGCACCUAGCUGAAAGACCUGAUAAGAAGUAGGGUUGAUUGUGAGUUGACUCAAUUGUCGCAGCGAAGCAGUUAAAAUUAAAUUUAGAAGAAGCUAAAUGUUUUUUGUUAAUGAUUCAUAGGCAUCAUAGGCGAUAGAUUUUUAUCGCAUGGUAAGACAAUUAGCGAGAGUGAGCUAUGAAGUCGACAUUAGACGUAAAUUAAACUCAUAUUAAUACUCAUUUGUUUUUGUUAAAAUGAAAAUGUAUUUAUAUUUUAAUGAAGAAGAAGAACUGAUAAUAAUUAUUCACGCAAAUUAAUUAAGGUCAAUAUGGUUAGGGGUCAUAAGUCAAGUCAUAAGGGAAAGUGUGUGUGGGUGGCCUUCACAUUUAGCCUUUUUAGGGUUCCAUAGUCAACUAGGAACCCUUAUAGUUUCGCCAUGUCUGUCUGUCCAUCCUUCCGUCCGCGGAUAAUCUCAAUGAC